UGUUGCGCAAAAGAGGAAGCAAAUCGGCUUCAUUUCCGCUGCAGUCGCGAGAACGGGGACGCCAAAUAAAGAAAAUGUUUAGAGAAAGGGACAAUUGACGCCAGAGAGGGUUUAAUUCAAUACAUAAUACUAGGAAUUAGUUUAUCCGAACAUCGGCUAUCUGAAGUUUUGAGUUAAAAAAAAUCAAGUACGUACACAGCCAGUUCGGGGUUAACACUGAGGCUGACGAGUUCCCUUGUUCUGCAGUUCGCUUUUGAGGAAGCCCCUCGUCCAGCCAGCUGGAAUAGCUCAUCUGUUAGCUGGUCAACGGCCGCCACCGCAAGAAAUGGGAACGAGAGCCAGUCGUCUACAAGAAGACCCGGUGGUUCCCCCUGCUUUCGGUAAAGAUGGACCCAGGCGGGAGUCCUACCGGAGACCCCGCUGUCCCAGGCCCACAAGUCUGGUGGUGGAGUUCUCGGGGAGUUUUGAAGACACGGAGACCAAUCAGAGCCGCUCGGAGGAAGGCAGUGAUUCGGACAUGGGACCGCAGGCAAGCGCUGACGGAAGCCCCGAAGAUAACCACAGCCUUCCCUCUAGCAUCAGUCCAGCCUCGCCGGCGGAUGACACCAGCGAUGGGAGGCCGGGAGAUGAGGGAAACCUAAGCCCACAGGCCGCUGAUAAUGCGGAACAUCAACCCGGGGAGGAGACAGGCCGCAUGGCUCACCGCACUUUUUCAGAGCGUCUCCCCGGGAAUCGCCACUCUUCUGCGCGCAGUGUCACCACCAGAUCCGCUCGGGUUCGGGGCAUACACCAGCGCCCGAUGUCUGAGGCAUGGAUCGGCCUUUACCGAGUCAACAGCCGUCAUGGCAACAUUCGCUGUCCAUUUUGCACCAAGCCUUUCCCCGGAGGGAGGAUCGAGGAUCACCUGUUGAGUUGCCUUACAUCACCCCCUCUGCCGUACAACACGGACGUGCUCAGUAAAGACAGUGGCGAGUGCUCCAUCUGCCUGGAGGAGCUGGCCCAGGGCGAGACUAUAGCCAGGCUGGCCUGCCUUUGCGUCUACCACAAGAGCUGUAUUGAUUCCUGGUCCAAGGUGAAGCCUUGCUGCCCCGAACAUCCCUUUGAUUGACUUCCAGGUCGCUGAUGACGUGCCCCAGUGACCUACCCCUCUCAGGAUACUACACUGAAUCCCAAUACUGCAAGGAAAAAACGAAAUACACAUCUAUAUAUCUAUAUAUUAUUUGCAAAGUACCCGCAUAGAGGAACCGCCUAUAUUACAACGACGACGCAGAGACUGGAAUGUCUGAAAGCCUGUUGGGGGGGGGGGACGGACCCCAUCCCUCUCUGCCCCGUGUGGCCCCCAGGGGUCCAACCUCCAGGGGGCGGGGCUUCCACCUUAACGUAAAAGGAAAGGAUGUUCACCUGAAUCCGAUCUCGUCGCUCGUGAAAACGUGUCCGGCCAAAAUUUGAAAACAAGCGUCCGUGCCCCCCCCCCCCCCCCCCCCCAUGUCCAACGCGGGGGACGAAGACAAAUGUUUUCCCUCCCUUUUUUUUUUCCUCCAAAGACCUCAUUGGCUCCGCCUCUCCCCAUGCAUUCUAUCCGGAGAGCGGUUAGUUGUUUUGUAUACCGUUUGCUUCAACAAAGAAAGUAUUGCUUCAUAUUCCGUUGAUCGAAUGUGGCUUUCCUUGGCUUUUUUCCGCUUCCGAAAUACGGAUCCAGCAUACUGGGGUCGGCUGGCAUAGACAGCGCGUUGCUUUUUGCCGGGUUUUUAUUCCAGUUUUGUUUGUUUUUCCGAAGAGCCCGAAAGGACGAGGGCCUGUGUGGGAACGGGGGGGGGGGGGGGGGUAGGGUUUAGGUGCUUACUGUUGUCACCUUUUUGAACACAUUUCAGGGGUGGUGUCGCGGACAGGGGGGAGGGGGGGGGGGGGGCUAACUUAACCGUAGGUUGGUGGAUGCCGUCUACAGGUAUUUGGUUGGCUAGCCCCUGGAACAGGUGUUUAGUUAUCUUCGUGUGCUGGGCUGCCACUGUGUUUGCCCCGGACGCGUCUGUAUUUCACGAAGGUGUGUUUUCGGGAGCUCUUAACGGCAGCAACACCAUUUUUCUUUUUUAUUUAGUAUUCUUUUUUAUUUUCCCCACCACAGCACUUUGGCUCCUUGGGACGGCCCUUCUGAAAUGAGGCCGCGCGUGAUUAAUGUGUGCCCGUGUGCAGAGUGUACGUUUAUGAUAUUUGACAACGGGACAACAAAGGGUCCCGCCGUCCCGAAUAUAACUUUGUAUCCAAGACCGUGUGUAUGUGUUUUUUAUAUGGGUUCAUCCAUAAUGUGGCCCCACAAGCCUGUUGCUUUGAAAGUUCCCUCUUCUUUAUUAGAGAUAUAUAUAUAUACUUUUUUUUUUUGUGGUAAUGCUAGGGUUAAUACAUUUGCCGUUGUUGGAAGGCAACGGGGAAACAAACAAGGCCCACUGAGCUUAUUUUUAUUUUUUUUACUUUGAUGAAAGAAUGUGUUUUUCUCUCUCUCUCUCUCUCUCUCUCUCUCUCUCGCUAUCCCCCUGACACCAUUUCACUUUCUCUCUCGGUUGCUGUCUCGCUGUCCACAUUGUUUUGGACUCUUUGAGUCUCCUUCGGACCAUCUGUUUCAAGGAAGGCUCAUCGAGGUGGGCCGAGAGGGAUUUGGGCGCAAGGGGAGUGACAUAUUUAUUCCCCAUGACAGCUGCCCCCAAGUUCACCGUAGGCUGUGGGACAGCCGCAUGCCUCUCGUUUUAACCCGCUCUUCCCUUCGCCCCGUUUCGUUAAAGUCCCCCCAAAACAUUUCCUAAUCAUGAUGGUCAUUACUAAAUGCAUUUCGCUGGUUUCCACCGCCGCCAUUGCCAGUCAUGGGUUUUCGCGCUGGUGUAGCGGGUCGGGCUUAAGAAUGGUAUUUGUGGAUUAUUUCGGGACGGGUUGGAACAAGCGACUUGGACAGACGGAUAAAUAAAACCUGGACGGGUUGGCCGUUGCAGGAAGGCCCCCAACCACUCCCCAACCCGUGUGUGGAACCCCUCAGUAGGAUAGGUGUUGUGGGAAGGUCGAUCGCUGUAACGGUUGGCUCUGUGCAGGUUUCCAUAUGGGUUUGUUGUCGGAGGUGCUAUGACUUGUUCUGCCAGUAGAGGGCAGCCCUGUGCAUGCUUUUCCUAUUGUAUUAAAUCAGAGGAAUAAUGCCAAAAGUGUGUGUGUGUGUGUGUGUGUGUGUGUGUGUGUGUGUGUGUGUGUGUGUGUGUGUGUGUGUGUGUGUGUGUGUGUGUGUGUGUGUGUGUGUGUGUGUGUGUGUGUGUGUGUGUGUGUGUGUGUGUGUGUGUGUGUGUGUGUGUGUGUGUGUGUGUGUGUCGGGCUGGGUGUGUUUUGAAAGCAAUAGUGUGAAAGACUUGCAUUGAUCAUUAGAUGUUACAUUGUGGUGAUUAUAAUGUAUACUAUGAGGGGGUGAUUUUGGGGUUGGAUUGUCAAUCAAAACAAAGAGACGGUCUCGUACCAUACUUGGAGGUUUCAGAUCUCAGCGCCCUCUAAAGCUGUGGUAGAAUACCUUUUUUUUUUUUUUGUACCAAUGCUAACUAUACAAGCGCCCUGUGUAAACUCACUCUCUCCAACCAACCAAGGUUUCCUUUCACUGAGGAAACAAAACCUUUCAUUGCUGCCCUAUGCUUUUGUGACCAGUAUUCAAAUAAAAUGGAGGGGGGGGUUGCUGAGUCCCUCACAGAGACAAUUCCCCGAAGAUAUGGACAAUCUGCCCCCUCGCUGGUUCGGAAACAAAUUGAGUUUUAUUUAUUAAAUUGUAAAUAUGUAAUGCAAUUUGAAAAACAAACAUGCUCGGUCCUUGUCUGUUCUAAUAUACGGUUUCUAAGCUCCGAUCUUUUGUAUGUCUCAGAAGUUGUUUUUAUAUGUAUUUUUUACAAUAAAUAUAUUGUGUCACGCUU